GGCCCGGUCCGCCAGCCAGUGAGGGACGGACAUGGCGUCGGCCGGGCUGCUCGCGGUGACGUGCUCGGCGCCGGUCAAUAUCGCCGUCAUUAAGUACUGGGGGAAGCGGGAUGAGGAGCUGAUCCUACCCAUUAAUUCCUCCCUGAGCGUCACCCUACACCAGGACCAGCUGAAAACCACUACGACAGCGGCCAUCAGCAGGGACUUCACCAAAGACCGCAUAUGGCUGAAUGGCCAUGAGGAGGAUGUGAGGCAUCCACGCCUGCAGGCAUGUCUCAAGGAAAUCCGACGCCUGGCCCAGAAUCGGAGGAGCACUGGAGAGGAAGACUCACCUUCUGACAGUCACACUUACAAGGUCCAUGUGGCAUCUGUGAACAACUUUCCCACUGCUGCGGGUCUGGCCUCCUCGGCAGCCGGCUAUGCUUGCCUUGCUUAUACACUAGCCCGUGCCUACGGGGUGGACAAUGACCUCUCAGAAGUGGCUCGCCGGGGCUCAGGCAGCGCCUGUCGCAGCCUGUAUGGCGGCUUUGUGGAGUGGCAGAUGGGUGAGCGAUCGGACGGCAGGGACAGUAUCGCCCGGCAGGUGGCCCCUGAGUCCCACUGGCCAGAGCUUCGCAUCCUCAUCUUGGUGGUAAAUGCUGAGAAGAAGCAGACAGGCAGCACCGUGGGCAUGCAGACCAGCGUGGAGACUAGUGCACUGCUUCGGUUCCGGGCCGAGUCAGUGGUGCCAGCGCGUAUGGCCGAGAUGGUGCGCUGUGUGCGGGAGCGGGACUUCCCGGGGUUUGGCCAGCUCACCAUGAAGGACAGCAACCAGUUCCACGCCACCUGCCUGGAUACCUUCCCGCCCAUUUCCUACCUCAACGACACGUCCCGGCGCAUCAUGCAGCUUGUCCACCGCUUCAAUGCCCACCACGGCGACACCCAGGUGGCCUACUCCUUUGAUGCGGGCCCCAACGCCGUCAUCUUCACCCUAGAGCACACACUCCCUGAAUUUCUGGCUGCUGUGAUGCACAUUUUUCCUCCUGAGGCCAAUGGGGACAAGUUUCUUCGGGGGCUUCCGGUAAAGCCUGUGCUGCUGUCAGAUGACCUGAAAGCCGCACUGGGGGCAGAGCCCAGCCCUGGGGCUGUUAAGUACAUCAUUUCCACUCAGGCUGGGCCAGGGCCUCAGACACUGAACAACCCGGAGGAACACCUCCUGGGACCCGACGGCCUCCCAAAGUCUGUCCAGUGACGCACUGCUGCUCACGACUGAACUGAACUCAGCCCGUUGGGAGCGGGGUGGCUGCCUGGCUGUGUGAGGAUCCUCUGCGUGGGCAUUGGGGCCCAGAGACCCCAGGACCGGCGGGUGCCACCUGACUCCAUACCCAGUAGUGUUGGGGGCGGGGCCCCAGUAAUAAACACAGCUGAGCUCUUUUA